AGUAUUAUACCAUCGACCGAUAUAAUUUAAGCUACAUAUUCUCUCAAUUAAUUCCCUAAUCGCCAUGGCGGCUAACAACAAGCUGAUCCUCGUAUUACUCUCCCUGCUCCCUAUCAUCAUCUUCUCGGCAACAGCCACGUCAUCAAAAGACUACGACACGAAGGCUUACGUGCAUUCAUGGUGCCGGACAACCUUAUACCCGAAACUGUGCGUCCGGUCGAUGUCUCGUUACGUGCGUUCACGGGCGGUGCAAAAUCCACGGGAUCUGGCCCGAUUCGCGCUCAAAGCCAGCCUAUACAGAGCCAAGUACACAAAGGCGUUCUUGUUAAAAGAGGUAAAGAACCUGGAGACGACGCUGAGGCCCCAAUACUACGCGUUGGUUCACGACUGCUUGAACCAAAUAAGAGACAGCGUGAACCAGCUGAGCCUAGCCAUAGCGGAGCUAGACAGAGUCAGCAGGAGGCAGGGAAAGAGCCAAGGGGAUCUACACUGGCAUAUAAACAACCUGCAGACGUGGACAAGCACAGCUCUCACAGACGCCGAGACUUGCGUGAGUCAGUUCCCGGGACGGAGGAUGAGCAAACUUAAGGCUACGAUUAAAGGGAAAGUGAAGAAUGUGGAGGAAACAACUAGUAAUGCCCUUGCCUUCAUCGAGCACUACGCUGCUGCUAGGUACCGAGCCAGACGUCCUUGAGUUGAGCCUUGUGUGUGUUUUGAUCAUCUUGUCUUAUUUUUUCUCUUUUGUUACUUCUUGAUAUAUGUGUGUGUAAUUGUUAACCAGUCGUGUAAAUCCAAAAGUUCAUAUAUGACAGUAAAUUGAUAUAAUUCAA